AUGGCGGCGGAGCAGUUCUCAGUUGUAAAAUGCAAUAAACUUGCAGAGGAGAGCAAAAAUUAUGAAUUAGACUCUCCUGAGGCUACACUCUCUGGGGGAUAUAAAAGUGAGAGCUUUAAUAAGGGACGUCUGUCUGAUUUCACCUUUGAAAUUUCUAGGCUUAGAAAAACCAUCUGUGUGAUUAGCCGUCACUACCUGGAAAGUGAGUGGUGUUCCAGAGAGAUCCAAGUUGCUAGUUUCCGUCUCUUUGAUGAGAAAAAAGAUGUUCUCAUCCUGGUAUUCCUGGAGAAUAUUCCAAGUCAUCAACUGUCUCCGUACUACAGAAUGAAGAAACUAAUUCAGAAGAAGACAUAUCUCAGCUGGCCUAAACCAGGAGAGGAUACCAGAGUCUUCUGGCAGAAAUUGAGAGUCGCUCUGGAAACCAAAGGCAACUCAGAAAUGGAGCCUCCCACUGGCUGGAAUUAA